UGAUUUUAGUUGUUCUGUUUCUGUUAUAAUCGAUGGCGAUGAAGUUUAUGUUAGGGAAGCAAUCGUCGCUGGCGCCGGUGAGAGACAGAGGCGAACCGGAUGGAAGAGAGGAAGGAGACGAUAUAGAUGAAGGAGUUAGGCUGAUGUACUUAUCCAACGAAGGUGACUUGGACGGCAUCCGCGAGCUCUUAGACUCCGGGAUCAACGUUAAUUUCCGCGACAUCGAUGAUCGGACGGCUCUCCAUGUCGCCGCCUGUCAAGGACAGAACGAUGUCGUUUCUUUGCUCAUUCAAUAUGGCGCCACCGUCAAUUCUAAAGAUCGCUGGGGAAGCACUCCUUUGGAGGAUGCUAUAUAUUAUAAGAAUCAUGAAGUGAUUAAGCUUUUGGAGAAGCAUGGAGCUAAGCCUUUGAUGGCUCCAAUGCAUGUAAAUCACGCUCGUGAAGUCCCGGAGUACGAAAUAGACCCAAAAGAACUUGAUUUUACUAACAGCGUCAACAUUACUAAGGGAACCUUUUGUAUAGCCUCAUGGCGUGGAACAAAAGUAGCUGUAAAAAAGCUUGGGGAUGAAGUUAUCGCUGACGAGAAUAAAGUGAGGGCAUUUAGAGACGAACUUGCGUUAUUUCAGAAAAUUCGACAUCCAAAUGUAGUCCAAUUUCUUGGUGCAGUAACUCAGAGUAGUCCAAUGAUGAUUGUGACGGAAUAUCUACCCAAGGGAGAUUUACGAGCUUAUUUGAAAGGAAAAGGAGCAUUGCAACCAAUAAUGGCUCUGCGGCUUGCACUAGAUAUUGCAAGGGGAAUGAAUUAUUUGCAUGAGAACAAACCACCAAUAAUACAUCGUGAUCUCGAGCCUUCAAACAUUUUGCGGGAUGACUCUGGACAUCUCAAAGUCGCAGAUUUCGGCGUUAGCAAGCUUCUCACAGUUAAAGAAGUUAAACCUCUAACAUGUCUGGAGACAUCUUGCCGAUAUGUCGCUCCAGAGGUUUUCAAAAACUACGACUAUGAUACCAAAGUGGAUGUGUUUUCAUUUGCUCUGAUCCUACAGGAGAUGAUUGAAGGCUGCCCACCAUUUUGUACAAAGCUAGACAAUGAAGUUCCCAAGGCAUAUGCAUCAAGGGAGCGUCCACAUUUCAAAGCUCCAUCAAAGUAUUAUGCCCAUGGACUCAAAGAGUUAAUCGAGGAUUGCUGGAACGAGAAGCCCGCUAAGCGACCAACGUUUAGACAGAUAAUAAAAAGACUGGAAUCCAUUCACAACAGUUUCAGUCAUAAAAAAGUUGGAAGAUUAGGCCAUUAAAGUGGUUCCACAAUCUGGAGGAAAUGCUGAAGAAAGAUCAUUCAAGUCCGAGCGGAUCGUCUCGUUCCACCGGCAGAUUAUGAGUGACUGAAGCUAUUCUUCCACAGCUUAAUAUAUAAUUGUGCAUAAAAUUUUCAUACCGUUGUCU